AAUUGUUUUAUUUAUUUUUUCGAUUUCAAAGUUAAUCAAAUUUUUUAUUUUUUAAUUUCGUGAAAAAAAUCAUCAUCAUCAACUUAACGAAUUAUGGCUAAAACAUCACGUAAAAGUUCAACACGUCAAAUGGCCGAUUCUGGCCAAGCAAAAAUCGGUUUUAUUGGUGCAGGUAAAAUGGCACAGGCAAUUAUUCAAGGACUGGUUAAAUAUGGCCGGGUUGAUGCACAACGUAUACAUGUUGCAGCACCAAGUAAUACUAAUGUUGAACAUUUAAAAGAAGAAUAUAAAGGUAUAAAAACAUCAAAACGUAAUAUCGAUAUAUUUGGUCGAUUUGAUUGUGAUAUAAUAUUCAUCUGUGUAAAUCCACAUGUUAUUCGUAAUCUUUAUCGUAUUGGUGGUUCACAGCCGGCUGCAUUGACAACAAAUUAUAUACCAAAUAUGCGUCAUCCAGCAUAUGUUCUUUCAUUAGUAUUUGGUUUUACUACCGAACAGAUUAAACAAUGUUUAUUGAAUCCAGAAGAUCCAUUAAAAUAUUCAGUAAAAUUUCAUCGUUGUGUUAUUAGUCCAUCGGUUGCAUAUGGUGUUGGUAAUUGUUAUCUAGAUGUUGAACCUGAUAGUACAAAUUUAGCUGAACCAGUACGUGAUAUAUUAUCACGUGUUUGUAAAUUAGAACAAUUAACAGCCGAUAUGAUGGAUAUUUGUUGUAUUAUUGCUGGUGCUGGAAUGGCAUUUUCAUUGGAAUUUUUAAAAGCAAUGUCAGAUGGUGGUGUAAAAUUAGGAAUGGCAAGAAAUAAUGCAACAAAAUUGACAGCUAAAAUGAUAUCAUCGGUUGCACAAACAUUAAUUUCAUCGGGUAAAAAUUCAGAUUUUUUAAAAGAUGAAGCAUGUAGUCCAUCGGGUGGUGCUGUUUAUGGUCUAAUGCAAUUAGAAAAAAGUAAAGUUCAUUCAAGUAUUUGUGGUGCUGUUGAUGCAGCAUUUCAACGUGCAAAUCAUAUGGCAACAAGUGGAAAUACUGAUUAAA